GAGAUCCUGAGUGACUACGGAUUUGCUGGAGACAAGUGGUGUCCGCAAUCGUCCUUCGGAGGGCUGUUUCCGGACAACCUGACAACAAUCUUCCCUUGGGCAGCGUUCUUCUUGUCUACCCAGAGGGACUACCUCCACAAAGAGGAGCAUGUC